AUGAGAGUGACGCACGUCGUCAAACCAAGAAUCAUUCCUACAAAUGCCAGGUAUGAAAAGUUUCGUGCUACGGAUCCGAUUAUAUCGUCGCACUACUAUGAGUCGAAGCAGUCUUAUGAAUGGCGGGACGUUAUGGAAAAGCCUGGCUUCGAGGCGGCCCCAACAGAAUCGUUUGCACAUGCCCCAUUGGCUGAUGUAUGGGCGCACAUUUGUCCCGGUCUCAAAGUUGAAAUCAUCAACGUUGAUUACGUCGCCGACACGAAGGACGUCACCGACAGUGUCUAUUGGCUUGCGGCGAUCAUCAGUGUUUCAGGAUACAAGGUGCUGUUAAGAUACGAAGGUUACGGCAGUGAGUCAUCCCACGACAUCUGGACGAACUUGUGCUCACCGGAUAUCCAUCCAAUUGGCUGGGUGGCUGCCCACGGUAAACUGCUCAUACCUCCGCGCGCCAUUGCCGAAAAGAUCAGCGAUUGGAAGUCGUUUAUGGUGAAACGCCUGAUUGGCUGUCGCACGCUGCCCUCCGGAUUUCAUGAACUCGUAGGUUAUCUUGCUUGUGGCUAUGGAGUUCACCCAUGUGCCGUACAGCUCAAGAAUAGUAUCCAAUGCCGAUUUCCUGUUGGCACGAUGCUGGAAGCGACCGAUCGGUCUCGUAUGGAUGGCGUGCGACCCGUGGUGGUCAAGGAGGUGGUCGGGCAGCGGCUGCGAGUGGCGUACGUCGACGGGGACAGCUCCAACAACAAGCAGGCGGACACUAACGGCGACGCCGGCGAAGACAACGAUUUCUGGUGCAGCGCUUACUCCCAACUGCUCCACCCCGUCGGUUGGGCGAUGAGAAUAGGCCACGUUCUGCGCUGUUCCCCCGAGUACAGAAAACAGUGCGCAGACAAACUGAAACAGCAGACUUCGAGUUCGUCGUCUCAGCUGUCAUCAACCGCUAUAGACUGGAGUCCGUUCAACGAGCCAAACCAUGACACCAGUCAUCCAAAAGGUGAACCUUCUGUUUUGGAUCUUUUCGAUUUUCAAGAAGGCAUGAAGUUGGAGGCGGUCGACCCAUCAGACCUUGGCCGUAUCACUAUCGCAACUGUGUGCAAAGUUCUCAAAGAUCACUAUAUGAUGAUUAAAUUCGACGGAACGACGGACUCAUUCUGUUACCAUCGCACUUCUCCUUUCAUCUUCCCUCCUGGGUUUUGUGAGGCAAACAACAUCGAGCUUACCCCGCCAAAAGGUAAGUUAGUUUUAUCGUUCAGCACUUUGUGCGCUAUGUGA